GGCCUCCAAAAAAGAGUGCCCGUCUUCACCAGGCUAACAACAAACAACAAACCGUACAUUCAGACUUCACGCAAAAUCAAACACCAUGGCGCUGUCUCUAGAAUCCUUCAAGACAAUCCCCACCUCCUACGCUACCUGCUCAGUCGGCUAUAAGCCCGAGCACACUCUCCCAAAGAAGCUCGAGGCCAUCGCGGCCGCCGGCUUCCAGGCCAUCGAGCUGUCCAUGCCAGACGUCCUGUCCUUCGCAGAGCUUCACUUACGGAAAAAGGUCGGGCCCAAGGACUGGGACGACCUUUGUUACGCGGCCAAAACCAUCAAAGCACAGACGGACGCCAAGGGGCUAAAGGUCCUAAUGCUGCAGCCGUUUGCGAACUUUGAGGGCUGGGCUGAGGGCUCGCAAGAGAGGGCAGACGCGUUCGACAGGGCAAGAGGCUGGGUGCGGAUCAUGGAGGCCUGCGGGACAGAUAUGCUACAGGUCGGCUCGUCAGACACGCCGGCUGACAAGAUCGGCCUCGACCGGAGCCGCUUCGUGGCCGACCUCCGCGAGCUGGCCGACCUCCUCGCCGAGAAGGGCUUCCGCAUCGCCUACGAGAACUGGUGCUGGUCGACGCACGCACCCGAUUGGAAAGACGUCUGGGACAUUGUGCGCCAGGUCGACAAACCCAACGUCGGCCUCUGCCUCGACACGUUCCAGACCGCCGGCGGCGAAUGGGGCGACCCGACCACCGAGUCCGGCCUCCUCGAGGACGUCUCCAAGGAGCAGGUGGUCGAGCGCUUCACGCGCAGCCUCGACCAGCUCGCCCAGACCGUCCCCAAGGACAAGAUCUACCUGUUGCAGAUCUCCGAUGCGUAUAACCCCAAGCAGGCAUUCAGCAAGGACGCCGAUGAGCAGGGCCUCCGGCCCCGCGGCCGCUGGAGCCAUGAUUUCCGCCCUCCCCCCUUCAAUGGUGGAUAUCUGCCUGUCGUGGACGUGACGAAGGCGGUGCUGCGCACGGGCUUCCGCAGCUGGUUCUCCUACGAGGUGUUUGACGGUGGCCCGGAGGGCAAGGGCCUGGAGUACGACAUGGCCGAGUACACGGCCAAGGCGAUGGACUCGCACAGGCAGCUGCUUGAGGCGAGUGCGGAGCAGCCUGCCGCGUGAGUGGGUGGGGGUUAGACUUACGACGUUACGAGUAUGAAAACAUAAAUGACUUUUUUUUGUUCACCAGUUGCCUGAGUAGACCCUCAUUGGGAUUUGAGGAUUGGGACAUCUCUGCUGUCUAGAGAUUAUCUGCAGAUUGAGCUAGUAGGCUGGCGCCAUUGAGGCAUUUGUGUUGAGAAUUGUUGCCAACUGCGGUCAUUCAUGUGGCAAUUGCUGCAGCGCGGG